AUGGAGAAGGGACUAUUUGCUCGAAGAGUAUGGACAAAUCCUUGUUAUCAAGUUGAUGAGGGAGAAGCUCCGAAGUCAUUACCGGAAAUUUACUGGUUUUCUGAGUUGAGAUUGACUCGUUCGGAGAAGCAUUUGUGUACUAGGAUUGACCCAGAGCCUUUGGAGCUUUUGUCGUUGGGUACAAUGGCUGACAACCUCCUGGAGGGUUUGAAUAGAGGUGCUUGGACAGCUCAUGAAGACAAAAUCCUCAGAGAAUACAUUAGGGUCCAUGGUGAAGGAAGAUGGAGAAACCUUCCCAAAAGAGCAGGUUUGAAAAGAUGCGGGAAAAGUUGCAGACUUCGAUGGUUGAAUUAUCUCAGACCUGAUAUUAAGAGAGGCAAUAUAUCCUCUGACGAAGAAGAGCUCAUUAUCAGACUCCACAAGCUCCUGGGAAACAGAUGGUCUUUAAUAGCGGGGAGGCUUCCAGGACGAACAGACAAUGAAAUAAAGAAUUAUUGGAACACCAAUUUAGGUAAAAAGGUGAAAGAUGGCCACAAAACCACAAGCUAUGCAAACAGCACACAGCAGAAUCCAAUGUCCCACUUGCCCAAACAACACACAGAAUCUCUUCCUAAGCUAGAUUCCCACCUGGUCCGCACAAAAGCCACCAAGUGCACCAAGCUGUUUUUUCCCCACCCAUCAAUGCUGCAAUUGCCCAACAAGUCCAAGGCUGAUGCAGAAGCAGAUGAAGAAAAAGCAGAAGAAGAUGAAGGAGAAGAAGAAGAAGAAGAAGAAGAAGAGGAAGAAGAAGAAGAAGAAGAAGAAGACGGAAAAGAAAAAGAAAAAGAAGGCAGAGUUGUGGACGGCGUUCCAAGUGAGCAAAUGGAACCCACUAGAAACGACAACGGGUUCCUGUCUUUACACGAUGAAGGAAAAGAAGUCCCAACGGACAUGCUGAUAGAUUUCAACGUGGGGGAUAUCUGCUUGUCUGAUCUUCUGAACUCGGAUUUCUCCAACACUUACAACUUCAGCUGCACUACUAGCAUUGCUUGUUCGGACCAACCUGACCCCGUCUUCUCCGAUGAAGCUCUCAGGGACUGGAUGCAAACCAAUUUAGCAGACGAAACGAAUGCAUCCAACAACCUUCAUUCUUUGUUUUUCCUCGACACAACCGACCAUAGACUUGAACAAUCAUAA